ACCACUAGACCAGGUAUUCACCUUCAUUUUACCUUCCCUUAUUUCAAAAACUGUACUGGUAUUUACAUCACUUUCCCGCUAGUAGGCGCCAAACAUCAAAAAACCUAUUCUCAGGAAUCCAGUGAAAGUACAGUACUGUGUUUGGGGAUUAUUCUAAUAGCCUGGGUGGACCAUAUCCAGUUUUUAAACUCUUAAAAUGUCAAAAACAAAAUAGUUUACAACAGAGCUACACUGUAGGGUUCGACUUGUGCCUGUUGUUAGUGGUCUUGCUGGGAAUACAACAACGUUUUUGAGACAGAACAUCAAUAACUGAUGCAUUUAAAUGUUGGCAUAUUUGUAUUUUUAAAAGGCAGUUGUAGUAGUAUUUCAUUUCUGCUAUAACAAAAUAAAGCUAUAUAGGCAAACAAAAAAUAUCUAGCUGCCAGCCUGCCUGCCUGCCUGGGAAAUCUUCAUGGCAGACAUCUCCAUCUAGCCCUGUGCUAUAAUUGAAAUGGCGCGUUUUGCCAGAGGCAGCUUGUGAGGGCGCUUUCUGCAAUAGCAGAAUGCAUGUCGAUAUACGUCAUUUGCUUUUAAUGGCCUACAGGAAAUUUGGCGUUACAAUGAGACAUUAGCGAGGGGAGAAAGGAGAGAGAGAACACUGCCGCAUGAAAACUGUUUAUAGAGAUCUGCAUAUUCAACAUCAGCAUUUCCUAUAGAUACUUUAUCAACAAGUUAUACUGCGGUUCCAUAAUCAUAAAGUACAAGAGAUGCGAGAAACGUGCUCUGCGUUACUUAUUUGGGAACUGGAAAUGUAUGCCUAGUUGAAAAUGCCCUGGGAAAUAUUACAUCAGACGAAAUGACAAUGAUUAAAAUCGGCUUUUUUCUUCAGUAAGUCUAUUGAGCGACGUGACAGUGACCUGACUACAAUAUUAAACCGUUAUCCCCCAGCAAAGGAGAACUUAAAACCGUUAUAAUGGUUUAAUUAUUAGUAGUAUUACUUAUUGUUUUUUAGAAAAAGGGGGAUUACCAAAAAGGUCCAGUCUUUAUCAGCAUCCUGGGAAAAGAAAGAAAAAUAUCACAUUUUCAUCGCGAAAUUAGCUUGGGCGCGAGUAGGGUUGAGUUAAUUGUAGCCCAAUCCUUGCCCCGAAGGCGUUUGGAAAGCCUUGAGCAAGAAUUCGUUUUUAGCUCCCCUCUGUUAUUUAGAGACGGAUUAUUGGCUUUCUUCUUCUCAUAACAGCCUCGGCAGUUUCAUUUUACCAAAAACAAAGAGAAGAAGCUCCAAAAAAAUCGAAGCAGUCGCCAACCAUCUGAUAUUAAAAAGUCUGUAGAAAUACGAGCGGAAAAAAAGAAGGAGAGAUUUCUUCUAUGUACAACAAGGAAGGAAGAAGCAUGUCCCGUCUGUCUUUGACCCGGUCCCCAGUUUCACCGUUGGCUUCGCAGGGAAUCCCUCUCCCUGCUCAACUCACUAAAUCCAAUGCUCCGGUCCAUAUCGAUGUUGGAGGGCACAUGUACACUAGUAGCCUGGCAACCCUCACCAAAUACCCGGACUCCAGAAUAAGCCGUCUGUUUAACGGCACGGAGCCCAUCGUGUUGGACAGUUUGAAACAGCACUACUUCAUCGAUCGAGACGGGGAAAUAUUUCGGUUCAUUCUCAGCUUCCUCAGGACAUGUAAGCUGCUUCUCCCAGACGACUUCAGGGAUUUCAGUCUCCUGUACGAGGAGGCGCGGUACUACCAGCUGGCCCCCAUGAUCAAGGAGCUGGAGCGCUGGAAGCAGGAGAAGGAGCAGCGCAAGUACUCCCAGCCUUGCGACUGCCUGGUGGUGCGCGUGAGCCCCGACCUGGGCGAGAGGAUCGCGCUGAGCGGGGAGAAGGUGCUCAUCGAGGAGAUCUUCCCCGAGACGGGUGACGUCAUGUGCAAUUCGGUAAACGCCGGCUGGAAUCAGGACCCCACUCAUGUGAUCCGGUUUCCAUUGAAUGGGUACUGCCGAUUGAAUUCCGUGCAGGUGCUUGAGAGGUUAUUCCAGAAGGGUUUCAGCGCAGUUGCCUCUUGCGGUGGUGGCGUGGAUUCCUCGCAGUUCAGUGAAUACGUGCUCUGUCGCGAAGACAGGAAGUCACAACCUACAGCCACCACCAUCAGAAUAAAACAGGAGCCCCUGAACUGAAGAGCCAUUGAAGAAAGUGCAAAACACCACAGGCAGGCAACAGUAUUAAGACUUUUUUUUUUUUUUUUUUUUUUUUUUUUGCCAGCUGUUAACAGAAAAAAAUAAAACAUGAACUGUAGUGCUCACUGCAUUAAGGGAAUGUAAUCUGAAAAGUUACGAUGUUGGAACAAAGUACCUUACUGAACUGGGACAAUGUUGGACUUGACUGAAAAAAAAAUGGACAAAGGACACUGAAGACAGAAAUGUCAGCUCUCCAUAAUUUCAAAAUUGACACCUGCUUCUAUGGCGAUGCACACAAUAGCCAAACAGCAAGAAGAAAUCCCAGCUGACGAAAGAUGGAACCUCUCCCCCAUUCACUCAUUUUGUCGGUCUGAUUUGUGUUUUCAUUGUAGCAGUUUUGUUCUGCAUACGGGACAUCCAAGGAACUUUAAUCCCAAAACCAAGCCUCUGGCUUUGUACAACGUUUAUUUCAUGUGCAGUAUGUAUACAAGUCAAAAGCAGAACUAUAUGGAAUGUUUUUGCUAUUUAAGUAAUGCUGACUAGAAAGGUUUAGGCCACAACCAAAAGCAAUGGAAUUGCAAUUUGAUUCAUUAUUAAAUUGGCUUUAAAAAUAGGAUGAUUCAAAAGUUACUUACAAUCCAUUGUUUCAUAAAUAUCACAUGAAAAACUAAGAAACAAAUACAAAUUGACUAAUGGCUUCAUCAAUUGUUAUUAUGAAAGUAUUAGCCAAAAUGUUAGUCUGCCCGUGGCCAGUGUUACAUUAUAACUAGGGCUACUAAUUUUCGGUUUUAACCGAUAAAAACACCCACUACAAAAAAGAUUAAAUCAGUGUAUAGCCAAAAAACACUGGAAAAACAUUGAAAAUGGUUACCCAAUUCACACUGACUUCACCCCUUUUCCCAGUUAAAAGAAAGAAAACCUGCUACUUCUAUAAAAAUAAAAAAAAACUACCUUUCCCAGUGCAGCUGGGUAAUGUGCCUCCUUCCUGCUUUGAGACAGCAAAGGAAAGAAGGUACAACUUGUCGAGUUACUAUAUAUAUUGUGACAAAAAAAAACUAAAGUAACCAAA